AUGCCGGAGCUCCUGGGAAGUUCUCCGGUAGCACGAUGGCUGUUCCCACGGCUGAUACACAUUGAAGACUACAAUGACGAUGAGCUACGCAGACUGUUCGUUCAGAUGGUCAAGCGAGACUCUUUCAAGAUGGAGCAAGGUCCUCAGGGUCCGUUCACUCGGAUCGUGGCCCAGCGAGCAGGUCGUGGCCGGGACGAAGCCGCUUUCGGAAACGUACGUGAGCUUCAGCUGUCGUAUGGAAAGAUAUUGGAGCGGCAUUCUAUUCGCAUACGACAGAGGCUGUUGGAGAUUGAAGACUCGUGGACGGAGCCGCUGCCGGACGAGAACUUCUUGUCCGGACAGGACUUGAUCGGGCCCGAGCCUGAGGAUGUCCGGACCAAGAGCAAGGCCUGGAAAGAGCUCCAGAAGAUGGCAGGACUCGAAGAGGUCAAGGCUGCAGUUGAACAGCUCCUCAAUCGAGCAAAGGCCAACUAUCACAGGGAGAUUGCCGGCAUGAAGCUUCUCAAGACGUCUCUCAACCGCGUCUUCAUAGGGCCGCCCGGCACGGGAAAGACCACCGUGGCCAAGCUGUAUGGCCAGAUCCUUGCCGACAUUGGCCUCGUCUCGAGCCGAAAUGUCAUCUACAAGACGCCGAGCGACUUCAUCGGCGAGUUCAUCGGCGAGUCGGAAAGAAAGACGAGCGCCAUCAUUGACUCGGCUAAAGGCAAGACCUUGAUCAUUGACGAUGCGCACAUGUUUUACCACGGCCAAGGGCUUUCAGAAAACCAAACGGAUGAGUUCCGGCUGGCCUGCAUAGACGUUAUUGUCUCCAAGAUCCACAACAGGCCAGGCGAUGAUCGUUGUGUGAUUCUGGUGGGAUACCCGGAUAGGAUGGAGGAGAUGUUCCAGAAGUGCAACCCAGGGCUGCGUCGUCGGUUCCCGCUUGAAGAAGCUUUUAGGUUCUACGACUAUGACGAUGAGCGGCUCAAGGAGAUUUUCGACUUGAAGAUGGAAGAAGAGGGCAUCAAGGCUACUCCAGCUGCCAUGGAGGUUGCCGCAGAGGUCCUGCGGAGAGCAAGAGACAGGCCGAACUUUGGCAACGGAGGUGAUGUGGUCAACUUUGUGAACCAGGCCAAGGCCAGGUACAGGGUCAGAGUGUCGAAGACGGUGGAUGCCGAUGCGAUGGAGACUGUGCUCGAGCCAGAGGACUUUGAUCCCCAUUAUAAUCGCGGCGCCACGGCCGCAGAACGGUGUCGGGCUCACUUUGACGGGCUGAUUGGGUUUGAAGACACCAUCAAGCGGUUCGAAAGCUACCAGCGCAUUGCUGCGAAUCUGAGGCUCAAUAACAAGGACCCCAGAGGCAUCAUCCCGUUCAAUUACGUCUUCAAGGGACCACCAGGGACAGGGAAAACACACACUGCUCGCAUCGUCGGCCGCAUCUUUUACGACAUGGGCUUCCUCUCGACCAGCGAGGUGAUUGAGUGCUCUGCCACGCAUCUCAUCGGAAAGUAUGUCGGCCAUACUGGGCCCAAGGUGGUUGAGCUGUUUGAGCGGUCCCUCGGCAAGGUCUUGUUCAUCGAUGAGGCAUAUCGCCUCAAACAUACCGGUAAGAACUCUUUUGCCAACGAGGCGAUAGGCGAGAUUGUCGACUGCAUGACCAAGUCGCGCUACUAUCGCAAGAUUGUCAUUGUCCUGGCUGGAUACACUCAUGAUAUGGAUCUUCUCUUGAAGACCAACGCCGGCCUGCGAGGGCGGUUUGCUACGGAGAUUCACUUUUCGCCUAUGAGUCCGGAGUCUGCGCUGAGGCAUCUUUGUGAGUUGUUGGCGAAGCAGGAUAUCGAGAUUUUGAGGGAUGAAGAUGGCUUGGAUGUGGGUGGAAGGGGGGUCAUGAUGGGGUUGUUGGUGAAGUUGGCGAAGACAAAGGGCUGGUCGAAUGGACGAGAUAUGCAGACGCUUGCUGGAGUGGUGACGGAGUACGUGUAUGGCAAUAUGGAUGGUAGAGGGCUGGUGAUUACGAUUAAAGAGUUGGUCAGGUUGAUGGGCGACAUGCUUCAGCAGCGGAAAAGGGGGGAGCUGGAGUAA